AUAAUAUUCAUCUAGGAUCUGUUGCUUAUGAAAAGUUGAAAGAUGCACUUACCAAAAAGAAACUUGUUAAAGCUAUCAAACAAGCAUCUUCUGUUGCCCAGACCAGCUGUUUGGAGGGAUACCAUUCAGUUGUUAAUCAUUUCGCACCAAAAAUGAUUCAUUUCUCUUAUUCUGGCAUGUAUUGCAGGUCCAUCUUAGCAGCAUUACAUUUCAACUUUAAUUUGCGGAGGGCUAGCAAGACUACACUUGAUGGCGAAACCCGUCUUCGGUUCACAUAUCCAAAGUAUAAGGAGGGAGAAGGAACUGUACGAAAUGUUAGGGUGAAGCAAGACUUCUCAUAUGUUGAAGAAAUUUAUGACACUUUGCUGAAGACUCCAAGGAAAAAGCUUGAAGAAGUUGAAAAUGAAUUGAGGAGACACACUCCAGAGCCAAUGCACAUGAUGCUUUCUGAAAAGCAAGCAAAAGUUGAUGCAAUUACCUUGUUUCGUUCUCGAAAACGUAAACUUAACACUGACUGUCCCCCCACAUGCACAGAUGAAGAAUUACAAGAUUUGCUUGGUACAGGUCAAGAGCAUACAGCUAAAAAAAGAAAUCCAUUGUGCAAGAAAUGUGCAAAGCCUAUGAAAGGUCACAAGAAGGGCAGUUGUCAAUAAUAUAAAUGUAUAUUUGUAAAUUUUGUAAAUAUACCACCUAUAAUAGCUUUUUCCA